UUGGUCACUUGUUUGGCCUUCUACAUUUACUUAAAAUCCUAACCUCAAAUAAGAAUUUAAUGUGAUUUCGCUUUGAACAGUUUGUUUACAUUAUUCAAUAUUCCCAUCCCAGUCUUUUCCCUGAAGUUGUGUGUGGUAUAUACAACAUUAGUUUUUCAAAAUGGGUAUAUCCCGUGAUACAUGGCAUAAACGUAGGAAGACAGGAGGUAAACGUAAGCCACUUCGCAAGAAGAGGAAGUACGAGUUAGGACGUCCAGCAGCUAACACAAAGCUUGGAGCAAGACGUGUACAUAUUGUUCGCACCAGAGGAGGAAACAAAAAAUAUAGAGCUCUAAGAUUAGAUCAAGGAAAUUUUUCAUGGGGUUCUGAAGGUAUAUCUGCCAAAUCUCGUAUCAUUGAUGUUAUAUACAAUGCAUCUAACAACGAGUUGGUUAGAACAAAAACUUUGGUAAAAAAUGCUAUUGUAGUCAUUGAUGCGACACCAUUCCGUCAAUGGUAUGAAGGUCAUUAUGCUCUACCCUUAGGGCGUAGGAAGACCACUAAAUUAACUGAAGCUGAAGACCAAGUAUUGAACAAAAAACGGUCAAGAAAAGCAGAAUUAAAAUACAAAAAAAGACAGCGUUUUGCUAAAGUUGAACCAGCUAUUGAAGAACAGUUCCAAACAUCUCGCCUUCUUGCGUGUGUGUCUAGCAGACCUGGUCAAUGUGGAAGAGCCGAUGGUUAUAUUCUAGAAGGCAAAGAACUAGAAUUCUACCAUAGGAAAGUAAAGGCCAAGAAGGGCAAAUAAAUAAAAUGUUUAUGUCUUAUAUAUAACAUUGUUCUUUUGACAUUAAAUGUUUUUGACAUAA